AUGUAUUUUAUAUUCUUGUCUGGUUAUCAUUUCAACUUUGGCCACAUCAAUUGGCCAAAAAGCGAGCUUAUCUUUAACCUGCUCUGCCUUCUGUCUUAUCUCGUCGCUGGAGUGCUAGAAUCCGUCCAUCUUUGGCGAUGGGACUACACAAACGGCUCUCCCAUCAACUACUCAGGCCCGAUGCGCAAUCAAAACCGCUACGGAUCCGCCAUGUUCGGCGGCUACAAUGGCUACGGUGGCUAUCAACGGGGGAUGGGUCUCAACGCCCGUAUGAACUUUCAGGCUUAUUGUGGACGAUACCCACGUGACUGUCAAAAUUACAUGGCCAUGCUGGCAGGUUACAAUGUAUAUUUUGGAAAUCACAUUUUUGCAGUCGUAUUUCUCUGGGUCGUCUUUUGCCUCUAUCUUGCCUCGACUCUUUUUGCAUGGAAAAUGUUUAAAGAGUUUCAGAAAAAGUACUGGAAGCCUGGCACUGCUGACGACCGGCCUAGCAUGAUUCCAGCUGAUUCUUGGAGAAAACCAGAUCCUGGACCAUCAAUGUGGAAAGUAACAGCUGGAAAAUUAAAAUCUGGCUUCAACGGAUUGGAACAUAAAAUGAAGUCGCUCGUCCGUCGAGAUGACGUCACCGAACCAUCAGAUAUCGGAGAUUUUAUCCCAUCGAAAACACCGCUCUCUCGCAAUGAUCAAAUCGUUUCCUUGCAACAUAAUGUCCGACCGCCAAGUCAAAAUGUCGAGGGUUUCAGAGUCGUCGACGAUGCUCCCAGAAGAUCAUCAAGGCCGACUCAAGAUAGUUCUAAACGGCGCGAGUACCGCGAAUCUCGAGAAUAUCGAGAGCCACGCUCAAUCCCCGAUCACAAUUCUGUCAACUCCUCAGUUCCACGCCCUGGGCUGGAUGACCAGGCCCGCGUUUCCAUGCUUAGGACUGUAAAAGAGCGUGUAAAGAUGUCCCUCGAGGAGACGAAAAUGAUCGUCGAUUACUCGGUCGAGGCCGCAGAGAAAAUCGAGAAGGCAUAUGAAAUCGCUAAAGGAGAUCAUAUGCAAGCUGUGGACAGUCUGAUGACUUUGGAAAAGAAUUGCCGGGUCAAUCAAGAUGCUAACUCUUUGUCAAAGAUUUUGGUUUGCAUUGUGAACAUUUGCUACACUGCUAAAGCAUGGAACGACCUUAAUGAUCAGAUAAUUGCCCUAACAAAGCGACGAUCUUUGAUAAAAAUGGCCAUCACAAAGAUGGUGCAGCGAUGUUGCGAAUUCGUCACUGAAAUGGACGCAGUUCCAUCCCUCAACGAGCCAAAAAUGUCACUCAUUGACUGCCUCCGCAAUCAGACUGACGGAAAAAUCUACGUUGAAGUUGAGCGCGCUCGAUUGACACUCAAGCUCGCAACUCUUCGCGAAGCAAAAGGACAGAUCUCCGAUGCGGCCAAGAUUAUCAACGAGCUCCAAGUUGAAACUUAUGGCUCCAUGGAGCGACAAGAGAAGGUCGCUUUCAUUUUGGAGCAGAUGCGAAUGACAAUCGCUGACAAGGACUUUGUCCGCUCGCAAAUCAUUUCCAAGAAGAUCUCGACCCGCUAUUUUGCCGGCAAAGAGGCCGAAAAGGAGGAAGUCCAGAAGCUGAAGAUCAAAUACUACAAGCUCAUGAUUGAGGUCUGCAUGGGCGACAAGAAACGAGAAGAAUCAUUUCACAGAGGCCCUCGCUUCCGCUGCCGUUUUUCCAUCCUCGCUGACAUUGGACCCGAACAGCAGAGCUUGCUGAACACGAUCAAACAAAUGAAAGCAAUGAACGACCUCCCUAUUUACAAGACGCUUUUGGAAAACUUCCUCACGCCCGAAAUCAUGAAAUGGUCCGUCUUGCGAAAUGAUUUUACAAAGGAGCUUCGAAACGGAAUCGUUGGCUCUAUCUUUGAUCAGUCCGAAGCUGGCGAAAACCGAUGGAAGGAUUUGCACAACAGAUGUAUCGAGCACAACAUCCGAGUCAUUUCAAAAGCGUACACUAGAAUCCGCACGCAGCGAAUGGCAGAGCAUCUUGAUCUCUCACUUGAUGAUGCUGAACGACACUUGUCAGAUAUGGUCGUAAAAGGAGCUGUUUGGGCACGAAUUGAUCGACUCUCUGGCAUCACUAGCUUUGAAGCGAAGAAGCUCCCGUCUGAGCGGCUGAACGAGUGGUCGAACACGGUUGAAACUCUUAUGGACCUCAUCAACAAAGCCUGCCACUGCAUUCAAAAAGAAGAAAUGAUCCACGCCCUCAAAGCAUAA